AUGAAACACUCAGAGAGUGAAGUCACUUUAACAAGACCUGCAUUAUACUCCAUUUACGAUAAAGAUGUUACCAACACUGUAGAAGAUUAUAAGGUAUUAAAACAAAAAUUUAUCACACCAAGUAAGAAUGAGCUGUCCCCACAUAAAACCAUCAAAAUUUAUCAACGUGUCCUAUAUUUUUUCGUGUCAUGUAGUAUUUUGUUUUGGAUGGGUGUAAUGUUUGCGAAGUUAUCUACCGAGCUAUACGACAAUAAAUCUUUGAAGAAGUGGAUGCUGUCAUAUACCCUAGUCAAAUUUACUCAGUGGUCAAAUACCCAAUUACCAUUCCCAACUUAUGUUGUGUAUGGUAUCUUGGGUGUAUUAUGUGGCACCGCUGUACCAAUAUUGGAUAAAUUUCUACUAAGUGAAAAACAGACUAAACCAGACACAGAUUUAAAAGCUGUACUAAAAUGUUUUAAUGCAUUAUUUGGCAUAUGUUUGGGUAUUAGAACAAUCCAAUGGUCCUCAUCUUUACAAGCCUCUAGUGCGUGGGGAUUAUUGAACCUCAUUUUAUGGCUAUAUUUUGAUGGAACUCUAAGUGUAUUGCUUUUGGGUUCUCUUAUAAGUGGGAUUAGUGUAGCCGUCACUUAUCUAUCUAUGAAUAUUAACGAGAGCGUGCCAUGGUUUUAUUUAUUGUAUAUUGUGGAUUUCUAUUUCCUAAGUUAUUUAGUCUUUGGCAAGACAGGAAGAUAUCUAUUACAAUAA